CUGUAAACGACGAAAUGGACUAAUGGAGAAAGCUCGUCAACUCUCAAUUCUUUGUGAAUCCUCCGUCGCUCUUAUCAUCAUCUCUGCCACCGGAAGACUCUGCAGCUUCUCCUCUGGCGAUAGCAUGGCCAAGAUCCUCGGUCGUUAUGAAUUACAGCAGGCUGAUGAUCUUAAAACCUUGUGCCUUAACAUUGUGGAUAAAGACCAGCAUAGAGAUACUCUGUUCUUCACAGCUGGUAUUGCACUAGAAAGUCUACGACAUGGUUCUAAACUUGUAUGUCUUAAGAUUGUGGAGAGAGAUCGGCAUAGAAGUUCAAUUACUUUGUUCUUCACUGCCGGUGAUGCACUAGAAAGUCUACAGCAAGGUUUUAAACUUGUCGAUCUAGAAGAAAAAAAUCUUAAUUAUCUUUCACACAAGGAGUUGCUAGAAAUAAUCCAGUGCAAGAUUGAAGAAACGAAAAGCGAUAAUGUAAGUAUAGAUUGUCUAAAGUCCCUGGAAGAGCAGCUCAAGACUGCUCUGUCUAUAACUAGAGCUAGGAAGGCAGAACUCACGAUGGAGUUUGUGAGGAGCCUUCAAGAGAAGGUUAGUAUUUUUGGUUUUUAUUCGCCAUCUCAAGCUAUGCUGAUUCUUGAAUCCUCUUAAACUCUGAGUCUGAAGAUCACUAGACAAAGUUAAGCUCUCUAGAUAUGUCAUCGACUCUCCCCCUGGCUAAAUAACCGAAAUUUGUGAUGAGGAUGUUUUAGAAAAACUAAUAAAGUUGUGAUGUUGUC